AUGACCAAUGGUGUCGCUGGAACUGGUGGUACCGCGGUCGCUCAGCUAGCAAGUCGGCAAGCAGCUGCUGGGAACGUGGCUUCCGGCACUGGUGGUGGUCCUCAGCAUACUGGCUAUGGAGAGAAACAUGCCCAUGGUGCUCACCAGCAAGGCACUCCGUGUCACCGCCAACAUCAUACUCACCAUCAUCACCACCACCAUCGAUCAAGCAAUCAAGUUCAAAGAGGCGUCGAUACACUGGGGCUGGGGACGGUCAUAAGUGUUGGGGGGACAUGGGCACACCAUCUAACCAGCACAGUCAAUGAAUCGAUCCAGGGUGGUAUGUUCCCAGGUCUCGCUGCUGGUCGGACUCUGUCCACAGAACUUCUCGGCUGUCCCGAAAACAUGGCAUUAAAGAUGAAAAACUGA